AUCACGCUACACUAUAGCCACCAUGCUGGUUGGCGGGUUGAGUUGCUGGGUAUUCGGGACCAGCCGUGGGAAUGUUAGGAUGGCGAAUACCACGGUGCUUGGAGUAUUUGAGCAGUGAUAUAAGAGCCGGGAACCGGGUACUCGUCUCACUGCAGCACAGCACAGCACUACAGCCUCAUCUACAAGUACACUUUUGCAUCCACGGGCUUUUUUUUUAGCAUCGAUAUUGGAUCCAUACAUCUUGCAUACAACCAAGUCGACGAACGAACAGGAUUCACAUAUUCGGAUAUCCACAUCUACUUGACCACCAUCACCAAACAACUCCAUCCAACACAACACCAUCAAAAUGCCCGCAGCAGCAAAGUCGUACCUCCCCGCCUUCACCGCCUUCAUGGUCUUCGGCCUCACCUACACCACCAUCGUAGCAAGCAAAGAAGGCGCAGCCGUCGACAGCGCCCGAACACGCUGGCAAGAUCAACAUGCGCACGCGCGCCACGCGCUUUCAGGCGGUAUUGGCUUGAGCGAGGGAAAGUAAAGGAAACACCAACAACAACAACAUAGUACAAGGGUCAAAAAUGAAGCGUACAAGGAAACAGCGUACAUCAGUCUUUCCCGCAG